AGUAAAGAGGGUUAUGGAAAUGGAAGUAGCCAAGUAGAGUAGAAGAAAACAAUAAAUGAAUAGAUACAUAGUGUAACUGUAUUCAGUAUUCUUCUAUUCUCGAAUAUCCAGAGACGCAUUAAAAACCCCCCUCAGAAGACUAACAAACUAGUUGGCAAUUCACAUGAAAAGAUGCCAUCACGCCACCUGUCCACGUCAUCGCCACCAAACAAACCCCAAAACCAUGUCUUCUCCUCCGCCUCCUCUUUCUUCGUCCUCUUCUUCCUCUGCCUUCGAAACCCAACAAGGAAGAAGAACCGGACAACUCCUUCUUCUGACUCCGACUCCAACCCUCCUCACCGCUUCUCCUACUCCCUCCUCCGCCGCGCCACCAACUCCUUCUCCACCAUCCUCGGCCAUGGAGGCUUUGGCCCUGUCUUCUCCGCCUCCCUCGCCGGAAAACCCCUCGCCGUUAAGCUCAUGGACUCCUCUGCAUCCCUCCAAGGGGAGCGCGAGUUCCACAACGAGCUCCUCUUCGCUUCCAGGCUCCUCCGUUCAUCCUCCUCCUCCACGUGCCGUCACGUGGUCCCUGCUAUAGGGUUCGCCUCCGACCCCAAACGGCGCCGUUUCCUCAUCGUGUACGACCUCAUGCACAACGGCAACCUCCACGACGCACUCCUCCGCCGAAAAUCCCCUGAGCUCAUGCGAUGGCAGACGAGAUUCUCCGUCGCACUGGACGUCGCGAGAGGGUUACAGUUUCUUCAUUCCUGCGACCCUCCGGUGAUUCACGGCGAUAUCAAGCCCAGUAAUGUUCUCUUGGACCGGUCCUUUGCGGCCAAGAUAGGAGACUUUGGACUUGCGAGGUUCAAGACGGAGAACAGGUUGGAAGCUGAGGCUUUGGGGUGCGAGAGUGACGGUGCCUCUGUUUUUGAGGAGCAAUCUCCGGAAGGACCAAUUCCAUCGCCUGAUGCAGUUGUGAAGAAAAAUGGGAAGGGUGUGGGGGGCAAUUUGGUAAAUGAAGAGAACGGAGGUUCAUCGGGUGCUGUGUUGAAGGAUUAUGUGAUGGAUUGGAUUGGGAAUGACGUUGGAAUGCAGAGACCCAAAGCUGAGUUGACUGCUUCUGCUUCUGCUGCUUCUACCAGUGCAAAGGAUGAGAUCAACAAGAAGAAGAAGAAGAAUAAUAGCAGUAGUAGUAGGAGGAAACUGGAAUGGUGGGAAUCUAUGGAUGAGGACGGUGAUGUUUUGAAGAAGCAGAGAAGAAGGCCUGUGAGGGAAUGGUGGAAGGAGGAGUAUUCUCAAGAGCUUGCUAGCAAGAAGAAAAAGAAAAACAAAAAGAAGAAAGAAAAGGAUAGAAAUGGUGCAGAGAGAGAGAGUGAUGAGUGGUGGUUCAGGGAGAUUAAGAAAAGCGGUAGCAGGAACAGCGUAGAUUCAUGGGUAGAUGAUGGUGAAAUCCCCAAGAGUGGCGCUAUGAGCAGCAACCAAAGCAUGAGAGGGACGGUGUUCUAUGUUGCUCCAGAGUGUGGUGGCGAUGCGUCGGAGAAGUGCGAUGUGUACAGUUUCGGGGUGUUAUUGCUUGUAAUAGUGUCUGGGAGGCGUCCAUUGGAGGUGACUACUGGUUCACCAUUGUCGAGCAGUGAGUUUCAGAGAGCGAAUCUUGUGUCGUGGGGUCGCCAUUGCAGCCGCAAAGGGAAGCUGCUUGAUCUUGUUGAUGAAUCCAUUCAGGGUUUGGAUAAAGAGCAGGCUCUGCUCUGUAUCAAGGUUGCGUUGCUCUGUUUGCUCAAGUCACCGUCUCGUCGUCCUUCAAUGAAAGAGGUUGUUGGGAUGCUUAGUGGGGAAUUGGACCCAUCUCAAUUGCCCCUUCACUAUUCAUCUUCAUCAUCCACUCAACAGUAGCAAUUCUACUUUGCUGUAAAUUUCCCUUUUAGUUGCGUUGACUCUCUUUUGUUUUCACUUUUGCUAGUUUUGAUUGAUUUCUCUAUUUCACACUAACUUUGAGGCAUGCUUUAGUGGAGAGGCCAUCUUUGUAGUUCACAACUUUUGCUAAUCAGAAACCCUUCUUACUUUUGUGUAACAUCUUUUGGUAA